UGGAGAUAGCACCCAAUUCCAUGAGGUCAAGGUUACAUAUGACUACCAAAUGAGAUUUAAUCGACGUCAUCAACUUCGCAUCCAAUAUUGUUCUGGACGGCGGUAUAAUCUCGCCUUAUAUAUAUUGCGUACAAUGGCCGUGUGGGGAACAAAGAUAAUGUCAACGACGCCAACCACAAUGACAAGUUACUCGUCCACGGUUCACCAUCCACCUACGGUGUAAUCAACCCAGAACCCCCUAAAGAUCACUGAGAGUGUAUAGGGGUAUCGUCCAAUCAACCUCCAACGAGAGU